AUGGCGAUAGCAGCUGUUGGGCAAAUAUGCUCCUCUGCCUCUUUAAAGGGCAAUCUGGAGCAAUGUGUGAAGUUGGUGGCCAAGGCUGCCGCGGGCGGCGCCAAAGUGCUUUUUCUCCCUGAAGCAUCAGACUACAUUGCCCCAGAUGCAAAGACGUCUUUGGAACUGGCACAACCACAGGCGUUAUCGCCUUUCGUCCUCGGGCUCCGCGCAGCCGCCAAAGCCCACGCGGUCGCCGUGCACGUUGGUAUUCACCACAUGCCUCCAUCGGACGAGACAGGCGGCAGCAGCUCAAGGAGAAUGCUGAACCGUGCAUUGUACAUCACGCCCCAAGGCGAAAUCGACGACGCCACCACCUACGACAAGCUGCACGUCUUUGACUACGGCUCGCUGCGGGAGAGUGCGACGGUGCAGCCCGGUUCGCGUCUGACGGCGCCGUUUGAUUCACCCGCUGGUCGCAUCGGCAGCCUAAUUUGCUUUGAUCUGCGCUUCGCCGAGACGGCAGUCGCUCUCGCUCAGCCGGGCGCCUCCAGCGCCUGGCACGCGCGCCCGGCGCAGAUUCUGACGUACCCCAGCGCGUUCACGCUUCGCACGGGCGAGGCGCAUUGGGAGACGCUCCUGCGAGCGCGGGCCAUUGAGACGCAGAGUUGGGUGGUGGCUGCGGCGCAGGUCGGCCGUCACAACGAGAAGCGCGCGAGUUAUGGCCGCAGCAUGGUCGUGGACCCUUGGGGACGCGUGGUCUUGUCGCUGGGAGGUGUCUCUGAUGAACAGGGCAACGCUUCGGAAGGUGCAGAGGGGGAGAUUGGAUUUGUAGACGUAGAUAUCGUCGAGUUGGAGAGGGUGAGGCGCGAGAUGCCGCUCCAGCGUCGGACUGAUGUAUAUCCUGAAUGCGGGAACAAAGUUUGA